AGACUCUCGAUGCUCCCGCCUCCUUCCUUUCCAUCUCCGCCAUUUAUAACCUUCUAUUGUCCUCACUCUUUGCUUUUCUCUCACACAAAACCAUGCCCAACAAUCAUCGGUGAUCAGUAAUUAUUCAGUCGCAGCUCAAGCUUGAUUGUUCUACUUCAUCAUGAAAUAUUGCACAGCUAUGCGCGAAAUCAUUCAUCUUACUUUGCUUUUGUUGUUCCCGUCCGCGAUGGGCCAGGGCUCGAUGAGCCCGGAUCCGUAUUCGUACGCAAAGUUCUCGCCGUCUAUGGCGAUAAUCAUCGUCUCUCUGAUAUCAGCUGUGUUUUUAAUGGGAUUAUUCGUUAUUUGCAUCCGCCAGUGCUCGAACUCGCGCAAUGGUUCGGGAAGUGUGCGGCCUGCCACCGGACGGUCGCGUAGGGCGGCGCGUGGACUGGAUCCAGCGGUAAUCGAGAACCUUCCGACAUUUCCUUACUCCGAAGUGAAGGAGCUCAAGAUCGGGAAGGGAGCACUGGAAUGCGCGGUGUGUUUGAUGGAAUUCGAAGACGACGAAACGCUGCGUUUGAUCCCCAAGUGCGACCACGUGUUCCACACGGACUGUAUAGAUGCUUGGUUGGGCUCUCACACCACUUGCCCCGUUUGCCGCGCCAAUUUGGUGCCGGAACUCAGUGAGUUAGUACCUAAUUUACCUGACUCGGAUUUGGAGUCAGACAUCGAGGCCCAAAACGAAGUUGUACCAGUUGAGCAGGAAAGAAACGACUCGGUGUUAGUCCAACAACGACCACCGGAGCCUGAAGUGAUGAAUGUGAAUCAGACUUUGAACAGGAACCGUACACGUGGAUCGAGAUCUGGUAGACCACCUAAAUUCCCUAGGUCUCACUCGACCGGGCAUUCAUUGGUUCAACCGCGAGAAAACAUGGACAGGUUCACUUUGAGAUUGCCGGCUGAUGUGAGGAAGCAGAUAAUGAACCGCCGACUAAACCGGGCUACGAGUCUGCUUUUGUUGCCUAGGGAAGGAAGUUCAAGGCAAGGGUACCGAAACGGGAGUAGCAAAGGGAAAAACUUAGGGCGAUUCGAUCAGCUAGACCGAAGUACCAAGUCGGACCGGUGGGUGUUUAGCAUGACACCUCCAUUUUUUAGGAGAGAAUCGUCGUUCAGGUCGAAGAGAGUGGCGGCUGACGGCGAGGGAUCUUCAAGGCGGCUACCUGAACAAGAAGCCUCACUUGCUGAAUCGAGUCGGCCUCCGGUUUAAAAGCCAAUUUUUGUUUUCUUUUAAAAAAUAACUUUAUCACGGUUUUUUAAUAUCUUCUUAUAACAGUAUUCUCCAGUCAAGUUCUGUGUAUACUGUAUUAGUGUAUAGUACUUUUAAAAUUAUUUUUUGUAUUA